AUGGCUUGGUUCUUCACCCUUCUCAGUCCUCGGGGUCUUGAUACCAUUUCUAUAAUCUUGUACCUGCUCGCUUUCUACGUCGUCGCAAAGUACACCCACCGAGCUCUCUUAUGCCCCUUGUCCAAAUUCCCUGGGCCCAGGCUUGCUGGUAUCACCAAGCUUUACGAGGCAUACCACGUUCUGAUCAGGAACGACUGGCUCGAGAACCUUGAGUCGCUGCACGAGAAGUACGGCCCAGUGGUCAGAAUCGGCCCAAACGAGCUGCACUUCAUUGACCACCAAUUCUGUCUGGAGUAUCACAAGCGUCCAGACCUCCUGAAAUGCGACAACUACUACGGACUUCUCAACAAACUUCUCGGAGGCUUGGCGAGUCCGACGAAACACAUUCAAAGAGCAUCAGCCGUGCGACCUAUAUUCUCAGGGAAGACGCUGGCACAGUUCACACCAACUCUAGACAGCCACCUUGAGUCUUUCUACAAACGUCUCAAGGAUGUCGCCGGGACCGAUGAUGCCGUCAACUUGACGCACUACUUUUGGGCUUUCACCAACGACGUUAUGGUGUCAUAUCUCGUCGAAGAGGACUAUGGGUUUCUGAGGAUCUUCGACCUAGAAUCCGUGCACAACAAGACUCGAGCGUUCAGCGCGAUUGACCUCGCCACCGUCUUGAGAUGCAUGCCUCCCAUUAAGUUCAUCUUCGACCAUUUUACUAUCCUUCGAUCCUACUCACCACUUGGUUGGCUUGAUACUCUCGUCAGUAAUCACGUUAAACCUAUCGUGAAGUCAUGGGACGAUGAGAACAGCUACGAGGGCAUCCUUGCUCGCAUAUUCAACGAAAUUGGCAGCGAGACUCUGACCAUCCAUGAGUCAUCGCAGGCUAUCUUCAUCGGAAACGAGUCGCUUCUCAGUAACCUCACGUUCCUACUGCAUCACCUGGUACAAAACCCGGACUGUAUCAAGAAAGUGAGGAAUGAGCUCGACACACUUGAUCUCGGCUUGUACGGCCACAGAAUCUGGCGAGACCCGAGGGUGCUGCAGUUGAGGUAUCUGGAUGCGGUGUGUAAGGAGUCAACUCGCCUAAGCUCUCCGGGAUGGCAUCGACAGCCACGACAAAGUCAAUCACCAGUAACAUAUCAGGACUCCAUUAUCCCUCCAAUGACAAGCAUGAGCUUCACCUUGAGGCUCCUCGAACAUGACCCAGAACUUUACCUGGAGCCAAGCACUUUCGACCCUCAAAGGUGGCUAGGAAUUGACGAGGAUACAAAAGAGGCGAGGAGUCGUGCUGUAACAUUUGGGACCGGAACCCGAACUUGCUUGGGUCAGCACAUUGCUCAAAGGGUAUUGCGGAAGACGAUCGCUUGUAUUCUAUACAACUUCAAUGUCUCUCUUUGGGACCAAAAGCUUGACAUGACGACUGGUUACAGAUACCUGGACACGUAUCCCAAGAAAGGGUGUGAAGGCUACAUGAAGGUUCGGUUGUCGCCCCGAUUCGAGCAUAAGGCAUGA